AAGAAUCAUUUAGUCAACAUUAUAAUCUCGAGUAAGACUGUUACGGUUGUUUACAAUGUUAACCCGUUCGUUGCUAGUCUGCGUACUUUUUACAAUAGGACAUUGCUAUUUUGAAGAUUAUGGCAACGUGCCCGAAAAUCCCUUCUCACCCUCCCAAUGGAAUCUAAGAUUGUUUCCGGAACUGUACGCAUCCGAAUCUAAGAAGGAGUUUUCCGCUGAAGACAGAUCAAUCGAAGAUUCGGAGGAACGCGAACAGCUGGGUCCCGAUUACAAAGAUCCGGUAAAACCGAAGGAUGAACCGACGAAAUUGUCUCCGGCGCCCUACAAUCCUUCGGUCAUACCGGGCGGCGUCGUCGACGUCGACGCCGGCGGAAUCGGGCUGCCCGACGGUUUCCCCGAUUUUCCGGACACGUUUGGAUUCUCCUCCUCCUUUGGCAACAGAAAUCCGGACAACUUCUUCGGCCUAGGAGGAUUCUUCAGACCGUUCUCCGAACAGAAACGUUGGUGGAAAGGAGAAAACGUUUGUAUCGAACGCGAAGAAACUGUAGACGACGAGGAAGAAGAGGAAGACACCAAACAAAACGAAUCCGACAUUGUCAAAGCUGCCAAUUUCUUCUCUACAUCAAUCAGUCUUUCCAACUGCCACGAGUCACCGUCAAAAUACGAAUGCGUUACAAAAAUUAACAAUCACGGCGUUGUUAAAACAUUUGUUGUCCGUUACAAGUGCUGCUACGGCUUUAAACGUUCAGAUGAUUCGAGCGGAUGCACUAAACAGGUCAAGUUGUCUCCUCUUCUAACCACAAUUGAGGAUGUUGGCGGUAAGGAGCUUACGAGCAUGAUUCGUUCCACCGGAUUGGAGGAUAAAUUUAAUUCCGAAAAUUUGACGGUCCUCGUACCCACUGAUGAUUCUAUGAUUGAGUUUGCUGAUAAAAUGGUGGAGAUGAAUCAAGUUCCCGAUGCAGUGCGCCGACGAAGACAAGUCAAAAAUCCGGUUUCAUCCAAAAAUUUAGUUUUGAACCAUGCCAUUCCCGGAUUUAUUGAUCUUUCUGAAUUAAACAAUGAGGAUCUUCUAAGCAGCGCAUACGACAGCAAAAUUAGGUUCAACUUUUAUCCGACGCGAGACUAUGGAAAAAUGCUGACGGCAAAUUGUGUUAAAGUGCGCAAAGGAGAUAAUUUGGCCACGAAUGGUAUUGUUCACGUUGUGGAUGGUGUACUCGGUCCCGUGACAGAGGACAUAUUAAGUAUGAUCGAAGAACAUCCCCAAUUAUCCACUUUCCGUAGAGUGUUGAAAAAUAGUAACCUGGAGAAGAAUAUCAAACCAGAUGGUCAUUACACAAUAUUUGCGCCCACCAAUGAUGCCUUUGGAAAAUUGCCUCCUUUAAUGGUUGAAAAACUACUGAAUGGCGAUGCCUGUACAGCAACAAUUAUUAAACAUCACAUUGUUGCCCAUACCGUUUGCUCAAGUGCGAUCAUUGGAAACGCUACAACUCAUAGCGUCGACGGACAACUUCUCAAUCUCCAACGCAGAGACGAUGACGUACUCCUAUUUGAAAGCAAUGCGAAAAUUGUCAAAACUGAUAUAAUGGGAACUAAUGGAGUGAUACAUUUAAUUGAUACUUUGGUAGUGCCAGAAUCAGCGCUCUACAUUUCGCAAUCAUUGAAAAACGAGAACUUCACCAAAUUCCAAGCGCUUUUGGACCAAGUCGGUCUUACUGACGAGCUUGACUCCAUGAAGAACAUUACAGUUUUUGCACCCUCCGACGCUGCAUUCGAAAAUCCAAAGGCGCUCAAAUAUAUCGAAAGUCUUCAAGAAAACAAGGAGAAACUCAAAGAAAUGGUAAUGUACCACGUAGUCGAAGGCCACCUUGAAUCUUGCGAUAUGAACAACAAUGUCAUGCUUAAAACCAAACAAAAUGAAAACAGUGUCAGACUUAACUUGUACUCAACGUUGCCAAUAUUUUCGAAUAUUAUCAAUCGAGCGACAGUAAAUUGCGCGCGAUUAACUGGGUAUGAUGAAAAGUCUUGCGGUUCGGUCAUUCACGAAGUAAACAACAUUCUGAUUCCCCCCUCGAGAAAUUUAUGGGACGAAAUUAAAAACGAUGAAAAAUACAGUACCUUAAGUCAAAUCUUAAAGGGAACCGAUUUGGAAACGGUCUUGAAAGAUGAGAAAGUGUCUCUAACCGUCCUCAUCCCAACUAAUGACGCCUUCUCAAAACUUGAUCCUGAUGAUCUUAAAGAAUUAAUGGAAGACAAAAAGAAAGCGGUCCAACUUUUAAAGAAUCACAUUCUGACCGAGGUUCUGUGUUGUUCGGGAGUCAGUCGGCAAGGUUGGGGCUUCGACACUUUAAUCCGCACAUUGAACCACCAGCACCAGUCCGUUUCAAGACACGGCGAGCAAAUACGAAUUGGUGGCGCGUCCGUUUUGGAAUGUGACGAUCUUGCCACGAAUGGCGUUAUUCAUACAAUAAAUAAGGUACUGCUACCACAACAAACUCGUUCGCCCGGUUUUGGAUUUUUCCUGUUUGAUAUUUAAACAAAGAAUCGUUAAUGGCUAUUAUUUAAACUU